AUGGCGCGAAAGGUUGUUCCUCGGCCCUACGAGGCGGUCUCAUCAUAUCCCACUUUUGAAGAUGACCAAGAGGACUCCAUCUACACAGAUCCUCAUCGAGACACUGUCAGAGCAGCGGCGACUCCUCAUAAAUCACAGCAGUCAUAUCCUCCAAGUGGUCAAUCUUCUUCUCCUAACUCAGGAUCUUUCUCUGAUAAAGAAAACGCUCCAGAACCUCCGCGACAACGUGGUAGCAAUACCUCACCUCUUGUUAAGAAAGAGAGGGGAUUGAUUGCUAAAUCAGCCCGUUCGGCUCCUUACGAAAUCCCACCCGAUCCAAUGCCUCCGAGGAAGUCGAAAACGCCGGCUUCUUCUUCGCGGCCAUUGACCGAAAGGUCAAACCUAACAGGUGUUAGUAAAAGAGCAGGAUCAAAGUCGUCGCUGCGAGUAACAUCAGCUGCUUCGUCUAUAACAUCGUCCAGAUCACCUUCCGUUGUUCCCGAAUCACCAGUCGCUGAAAAUGGUCAUGAAGAGGAUGAAAGAGAUGAUGAAGAGGAAACAAACGACGAGGAAGAGGAAGAUGAGGGAGCGCCUGAGUCUACACAGCAGUCCAGGGUCUCCGAAACUCCAGCACCUUCCAGGACGUCUAGACGGACUCCAGCUCCGACCCAGAUUCCAACCGCAUCGCAAUUUCCGAGCUCCCAGAGACCUGGUUCUCAGUUUUAUGACCCAAAUCAGUCUAUGGCCGAACGACGUAUGGUUAAAGGAGCCUAUAAUACGAUCCAGCAGGACUUAGCUGAUAAUAAGAAUGCGCUUAUACAACCAGGCAAUGUGGGCCUUCUCGAGUAUAUCGAAAAAACCAACGAGCUUUUCAAUAGCGUCAAGCAAACAUCGGACGCAAUGGUCGAUGGCAAGGUCCAAGUCGAAAUAGGAAGAAUUGCUGCUGAAAAGGCCAAGAGAGUAGGAAACAGUAGUACAAACACUGGCCUUGACGUUGAUGAGUUCAUUGCGAAAUGCAUCCAAUUCAUGUCAAAAUCGAAGCCAGGCGAUGCAUCCGAUGGACACGAUUGGGCAUAUCUCGGCCGUGAAGUCGCAACACCCGCGAUGAGAACAGCAAAGACCUCGGACUUCAUGUACGGACCUAUGGGCGUUCAGAAACGCCAGAGAGUGAUAAAAGAACGCAAAAAGGCAGUCCGUCGCCGCCCUGAGGAGUUCAUACGCCCUAUCGAUCUGGACGAGAAGCAAAUAGCUCAAAAUGAAAAUAGUACUACGAAAAAUGUCGUUGCGAUUAAAACAAGUCUUAAGGAGUACUUCGACCGAACCGGCGAGGAUGUUAUUAACUACUUUGAGUUCGUGAUCAACCCAGAGAGUUAUAGCCAGACCAUAGAGAAUAUGUUCUAUUUGGCUUUCUUGGUCAAGGAUGGGAGGGUGGCAAUCUUAGAGAGUGAGGAUGGCUUGUUGUAUCUGGCUGAUGCAGACCCACCAACUCCAGAAGAAAUUGAAAAAGAAAAUAUCUCCAGAAAACAGAUUGUGAUGCCAAUGGAAAAGCACAUCUGGAGAGAACUUAUCGAAGUUUUUGAUAUCCGAAAGAGCAUUAUCCCAACAAGACCAAGAGAGGUUGAGGCUAUUAAUGUUAGUGGGUGGUACUCAUAG